AUGUCGUCCGGCGCCGUGGUGGAGGCGGCCGCGGCGGUGGCGCAGACGACGUGGAUGCCUGUGCGAAGGGCAGAGCCGGCAGGCGCGUGGAGCGACAGUGCGCCGCCACCAAACGGCCCUUUAGCCGCCCACCACGCCACCUUGGCGGAGCGUGGGGAGUUGGCCGGCGCACGGACGCCGGGAAACGGUGCGAGGCCCUUGAGGAGGAGCGCCAGCGCCGGCAGCGACAACUGCGACCCCGGCAGGCCCGCGGCUGCGGCUGCGGCGGGGGCGCACCGGGCGCCGAACCGCGCCGCCACCCCGCGGGAGUGCACUAUGUCGCCCGUGUCGUGGCGCCACAACCCCUACGGCGUCUCCCCACGCUCCCCCGUCACCCUGUCGGCCAGCACCACCCAGCGCCAGAGUCCGUGGCGGAGCACGCACUCCAGGACGGGCAGCACGGUCGUGAACGACGCCGUCGAUUGCCCUGCCGGCAACGAGGACGUCACAGAUGCGCCCUCCAUAAGGGUUUGCACGCGUAGCGGCAGAAAUGGACGCCGGAGGAGUGGCUGCAUGGCCACCCCGGAGGGCUCUGCCCCCCACUUUUCACUCUGCGAUGGCGAGGGACGCUUCGACGAGGAGCUGGCCACGUGCAUAUCGCGCUCCUCCGCUCCCUCCGGCGGGGAAGACCAAUUGCUAGAGCUUCAGCCCCAGCAGCAGUGCCCGCAAAACCAACAUUGGCUAAAGUGUAGCCGUAGUCAUCCGCACAACGUCUAUCCCGGGCAGAGGAACAGUCGUGCGAACAGCGUACAAAGCGCCGGAAGGAUUUCCGUGCUACGGUGCACGCCGGACACCCACGCGGUGCCCAGUUUGUCCAGGUCUCUGACAAGUGCCCAGACAAACUACCGCUACCCUGACCAGUACCCGCCGUCGCACCCGUCCGAGCUGCACCUUCGCACCUUCUCGCACCAGUCGGCUAUGUCCUCCACGGUGAGCGGGAGCUUCGCCGGGGCGCAGGAGCUGAUGGGAGUCUCCCGCUCACUGAUUGGCCACAACGCCAUGCUGCCGGAGGAAGCCGCCGCGUACCGACCCUUCUGCAGUCCUGAGGCCGAGCCGGAUCUUGGCAUUUCGCAGCGCUCGAUGAUGGACCACUUCCCCGCGCACAUGCCGCUUCCGGACGAGUUCUGCACUCACCGCUCUAGCUCGCCCCAGCAUAGCUUGGGUGGCACGAAUGUCGCCGCUUUUACCCUUUGGAGCCUGGGGCAGACGCGCUCUGCCACCCCGCAGGAGAAGGAGGAGCUCGACGGCUACGGCAGCAACGAAGACUCUAGAAUGAUUCACCUCGAGGACGACGAUGAAAUCGAGGCGUACAACACCACGCUGCGCCCGAAUGAGGUGAACGCGCCGAUUAACCUGGCCGUGUUCGACGACGUGCAGGCGGAAUCACCGAGUGGGGGGCGGCAUCCCAUGCCCAAGCCCACCGCAACGGAGUCGCCCACGUCCACAAGUGCGAGCCUGGCUGCUACGGAAGGGGCCUACGAUAACCCCAACCUGCAGGCCACCACGGCGACGGCGCAGGGCAUCACGAUCGACCAGCAACAGCAGCAAGAAUUCCAGCAGACAAACGCGCCGCAGACGAUUGACUGGAACGCACUGGAGCAACUGAUGCUGGUAGACCCAAGCAAGGAGGUGAUGUGCUUCCCUGGCUGCACCUUCUCUGUCUACGACUCCGCCAUUCAUAGCCACUACCUCAUUGAUAGCACAGACAUUGUGGCGACGCAUGGGUCGGUGGAGUACCUAAAAAUGAAUGAGUCCCGUGGGUCACAGUCGCGGUUUCGGUUUCAGUUGUGCAAGCGCUACCUGAACCGCCGCUGCACCCGGGGGGCGAAUUGCCCGUACAUCCACACCCACGCGGUGCCAGCCCCCAACUUUGUUCACAUCAACGAAAACGCCAUCAGUGCCGCCGUGGUGGAGGGGCUCGAGACGCCGCCUGAGGAGCUGCGCGGGGGGAAGAACAGCAACCGCUACCCAACGAUGCCAUCUGGCGCCAUUUUUCGUGUCUUUCCGCCAAAUCAAGGGAAAAGUGUGCCGCAGCUCAUACCGUCCGAGAUGAUUCUUCGCACCGUGGGCGCGUCGAACGUCUACAGCGUGUUGGAGCACUCUGGGGGCGGCAAGGCGAGGGACGCGGGCGCCGCCGAGGCCGCUGACGCCGCCGGCUAUGAGAAUGGAAAACUCAAUAACGUCAAGGCACGUCACUGUGCUCAUUUUCAGUUUAACAAAAUGUGCAAUCUGGGGGAGGCUUGCAACUUUAUUCAUUCCCUGGUGCCCUACUUGCAGCGGCUUUCCGUGGCACCGCAGAACCAGUCCUACGCCCCGAUGAUGCCGUCAUCGCAGCCUUUUGUGAUGCCCUCCGCUCCCAUGGCGCCCUUUACUUCCUUUCCCAAUGGAGCAAACCACGGAGGGCUCACGCCGCCGUACCCAAUGGAGUUUAUGCGGCACCCACUGCUGCAGGUACCGCAGAUGGCGCCGCAGCAGCCACGGCAACCGCAGCAGCACGUGCUGCCCCCAGCGCCCGUCCCGCAGCUUCUGCAGCCGCCACAUGCGGCGGCGGCGGACCACGUCAUGUACCAACGCGGCAUUUCCAUGGUGCCGUUGCCGAUGUACGUCCCUUCGCCGCUGCCGCCCGCGUGGAAUGGGGUUCGGUACGCCGCAAACUACCCCUGA